AUACCCAGCGAGUAACGAUUUCCCCAGCUUUGUAGCCCCUUCGUAGCUGUGACUGUGGCUUCGAUGCCCUAUGUUGUUGAGCUGCAUCGUCCACUAUCGUUUUGUAUCACCGAUACCCUUCGCAGUUCUAGACAUCCAUGCUGUUGAGCUGCAUCGUCCAUCGCUCUUUUGAAUCAUCUACACCCCUCACACACCUUUUCCUGAAAUGUGAAGAGCAUUCUCUGUGUAUCGUUUUCAGAGCAUUUUGUGAAGCUCUAUGAGUGGCAUUUGCGACGGUUCUCCAACAAGUACAGGAAUCCUCCGCGGGUACUACAAUCUCUGCCUUUUGACGAAAUCCUACCCCUAUCGUGCGCGCCGAUGAACACACACAUGCCAGUUGCAAAAAGUGUCUUAUAACAGAGCUUAGGUUUGUUUCAGAUUCUCCUUAAGACUCGUAUUCAGUUCCCCAGCACUUCGCUACAGGGUGUAGUGAUGACCGUGAAUCCAGCUGUGUUGCCAUUGGGCCAGUUGGAUUCCGGAAGGCCUCGGCAUGGAGCAUUCAACGCCAAAUAUGGAACAAGAGUACACUGGGCACUGACCACUGCCACCUUCGUGUUGAAUGGGCUGUGUGUGUUGGCGGGCGAAGCUGCAUUCUAUAGAUGCAAAGUAGAUUUCGGAUUCUAAAAACUUUGUUGAGGGGUGUUUUCAUCUACGAAUUUGGCACACCUCCCAGACGCGGGGCUUUGUUGUCUUCUCGCACCCCGCUGCACCUAUUGCUUAAUCAACCGCUCGAUUCGGAUUUGAUGGGUUGGGAUUUUGGCGACUGAGGGUGGCUUGGUGGUUGCCUCUUUACGCCAGUAUUGUAUCUUUUAGGUUUCGGGAGAGAUCGGGUUCGUGGAUCAGUCGAAGGAAAAGUCCUCUUCUGAGAGGCACUCCGGGAAUGAAGUUUGUGUCCUUAACGUGGCAGCGAGAAGUUCAUGCCGGGUUGAUCUACUCUCGGAUCGCUCUGGAGCGGCAUUACGGGUCUGCCUCAAGAUCAGGCUGAAACUGAUCACCUAUGCUCUUCCGAGAGUUCGACAUGGACGCCGUAGUAGUUGGCGACAUGCCUCACACCCCUCCGAAGGAAAAUAGAGCUGGUGUAGCGGAAAGAUGGAUCACCUCCCAGGCUAGCACAACUGCAACCUUCUCGCAGAGCAGCUCCGCAAAAUCUUCCUCUGUGGAGAACUCGCCUAAGUUAUCAUCUUCGUCGUGGGCUAACAAGAUACCACCACCUACGUCCUUAGAUCCAUUGGGACAAAUGCAGUCACCCAUUCCCACUGGAUCUCCCUAUACUUCCUCUUCUGCAGGAGAGUCCUCAUCUAUGGGAUCCUUGUCCAAUUUUGCAGGUCCAUAUCUGCAGUCUUUUUCUUCAAACAUCCACAGCGGGUCGAUAUCCCCAAGUUUUGGCACUGGAUUUGGUACACACAACUCGUCUCCGAGCACAUUUCCUAUAUCACGAAUGCUGUCACCUCAAUACAGCUUUCAAUCCUCAAGUCAAAUUGGGCUAAAUUUGACCCAGAAGUCAACCAAAUCAAAAAUAACCGGGAUCAUGAAUCCUCCGAGUGGUUCCACCAAGCACCACCAAAAUUAUCGUGUAGAGCCGAAGGAUAGCUUGAAGACCGCCGUGCAUGGCAUCUUUGCAGGAAACAGUUAUCCUUCACGUGGCAAUGACACGCUCUACGAGGCCUGCAACGACAAGCUGUACGAGGCGUACAAUGAAUUGCAUAGUUUGGCUCAAGAUUCUCACAAACCGUUCGAUGCCCCGGCGAUUGUUGUUGUUGGACAUCAGACGGAUGGUAAGAGCGCCUUAGUGGAAGCUCUCAUGGGGUUCCAAUUCAACCACGUUGGUGGAGGUACAAAGACUCGCCGGCCCAUUACCUUGCAUAUGAAGUACAAUCCAGCGUGCAAUGAGCCUCGAUGUUACUUGAUUACUGAGGACCGACCACCCCGGGAGGAGGAAAAGAGUCUAGAGGAGCUGCAGGCGUACAUAGAAGCGGAGAAUUUGCGGCUUGAGCGUGACGUUUGCCAGUUCUGGGAGAAAGAAAUUAUACUUAAGAUUGAGUUCAAGUUUUGCCCAAAUUUGACCAUCAUUGACACUCCUGGCCUAAUGUCUGCAGCCCCAGGCCGAAAGAAUCAGUCCCUUCAGUCGCAAGCCCGGGCUGUGGAGUCUCUGGUGCGCACAAAGUUGCAGCACAAGGAGUUUAUAAUUUUGUGUCUUGAAGAUUCAAGUGAUUGGAGCAAUGCCACAACACGGAGCAUUGUCAUGCAGGUAGAUCCAGAACUUUGUCGAACUGUUAUUGUAUCAACAAAGCUAGAUACACGCAUUCCGCAAUUUGCAUGCCGCGCGGAUGUGGAGCUUUUCUUGCGACCUUCCUCGCGAUUGUUGGAUGGCAAUAUCUUAAGUGGAUCUCCUUUUUUCACUUCUGUUCCUUCAGGACGAGUUGGUACUAGUCGUGAUUGCAUCUACCGCUCAAAUGAUCAUUUUCGCGAGGCAAUAGCUUUACAAGAGGCAAAGGACAUCGCUGUAUUAGAAGAAAAGUUGGACCGUCAAUUGACGAAGGAAGAGCAGGCCCAUAUUGGAGUUAGCCGUUUGAGAUUGUUCCUUGAGCAGUUACUUCAGCGGCAGUAUAUGGACAGCGUGCCGAGUAUUGUUGCACUCCUGGAUAGAGAAUACCGGACCACAUCUCUUAAACUGCAUCAGAUUGUACAUGAGCUUAGCAAUCUGGACCACGUGAAACUCAAAGAGAGGGGCCGUAUUUUUCGAGACUCUUUCCUCUCCAAGCUAUCUCUGUUGCUUCGAGGAACAGUUGUUGCUCCAGUUGACAAGUUUGGAGAGUCUCUCCAAGAUGAGCGUGUUCAUGCUGGAGCAUUUGUGGCUAUGGAUGGUGUGCAAAUGCCAUACAAGCAUAUGCCGAAUGCAAAUAUGCGACUGUAUGGAGGGGCACAAUAUCACCGUGCUAUGGCAGAAUUUCGGUUUGUUGUUGGAAAUGUUAAGUGUCCUGUUAUAAGUCGUGAAGAGAUUGUAAAUGCCUGCGGGGUUGAAGACAUCCAUGACGGCACCAAUUACUUCAGAACAGCAUGCGUGAUAGCAGUUGCGAAAGCAAGGGAUGUUUUUGAGCCAUUUCUGCAUCAAUUGGGAACUAGACUCUCGCACAUCAUUCGAAGACUUCUGCCAAUCUCAUUCUUCCUUCUCCAGAAGGAUCGAGAGUUCCUUAGUGGUCACGACAUGUUUUUGAAGCAUGUUGCAAAUGCUUUCUAUAUCUUUGUGGAGAACACUGAACGAAGUUGCCGAGAAAAAUGUAUGGAGGAUCUAAUGAGCACCACGCGGUAUGUCACUUGGUCACUUCAUAAUAAGAAUCAGUCUGGGCUUCGUCAGUAUCUAAGCACACUCAGCUCAACAAAUGAGUUAUCACCAAUCCCAGCAAUUGUUCCAACAGCUAUGCCUACAGUUGCUGAUGGACCAGCACCAGCAACUGGAAAUAGCAACAAACAAGACAAUAAGAAUCGGCUGGAAAGGGGGGAGUCUUUGAGCAGCAGUCAAUCACCGCAAGCCCGGCUUGUUGACCUACUGGAGAGCACACUGUGGAAUCGCCGCCUUGCACCCACAUCUGAAGAGAUUGUAAAUGCACUUGUGUCUCAAAUUUUUGAAGGAAUCCGCGACCAUUGUGUCGCUUCUGCUGAAAUGAAAUUUAAUUGCUUCUUCUUAAUGCCCGUGGUGGACACCUUCCCAUCAAUGCUUCGGGAAGACCUUGAAAUUGCCUUUGAGCGAGACAUCGACCAUGUUUUCGAUGUUGCACACGUACGUCGCACCUUCUUUCAACAGAAGCAAGACUUGGAGCUUGAGCUUAGUCGGGUGGAGAGGAUUCAAGAGAAGUUCUCUGGAAUACAUCACUACCUUCACUUAUCCCAAAUGGCUUCAGCGAAGGACAUCUCUGAUGAAUUCUCCGGUGUGAAGCUUCAAGAUUAGCAACGGGUCAUCGAAAUCGAAGCUCUCUUUUAUACUAGGGUAAUCUAGAGCAGCAGUGAAGGAUUUUAUUCUUAACUCAUCCUCUUGCUCCAGAUAAUCUCCAACUGUACUCAAUAGAUAGUGUGGUGCGAAUCAGUGAUUCAGACAGCUUGUGUUUUUGCAAGUCCUUGGGAUUUCUCAACCAAUUUUUGCAGGAUUAAUAUCUUACUGAUGUCUUUUCUCUUUCUUUGAGAGUGGAUACUCGGAUUCUGAUAGGUGAAUGUGAGCAGGUUCCAACUCUGUAGAAGUUUCAGACAGCUACCUACUGAUUGCAGGAUUGGCUGGGAAGCUGCUAUGUGCUUGAAAGCAGAGGUCAAUUGUAAAUUAUGGAAACGUAAAUAAACGUGCUCGGAGUGUUUUUUUUA